UGAAGAGUUAUUACACAGCGCCCCUUCUCUGCUUCGGCUUCAGUCGGAAGUGUUCGCGCACUUUCGGGAUUCAAGCCGGUGUUUUCAGAGGAGUAGAGCGAGCACGGCGGGUCCCAGCUCCGCAGACUACAGCAGUUCAUGUGAGAGCAGCUCGGGCACACCUGGUUGGACCGUGAAGAGCAGUUCAGCGACCGAGACAGCUCCACUCAGCAGCUCCCGAGUUAAUCACUUGAGGAAUGUGGUGCAAUUAGGACGGUGGCCGAGAGCUGAAAAUUCAUAUCAACUUCAACUUUUAAGUUACUUUUUUUCCUCACUUCGACUUUGAACUUAUAAGAAAAAAGGGAUCAUGGCUACAGGCGGAUUCAAGUCAAGCGCCGCGACGGACUUUUUGGAGGAGUGGAAGGCAAAACGGGAGAAAAUGAGAGCCAAAAUGCUGGGGGACAUUGCCGCAGCCACUGGUACUCCCUUGGGUGCCAGCAAUACAAACAGCAGCCGCAACGCCGUUCCUCCUCCAUCUCCUCCUCCUCUUCCUUCGGCCACCGAGUUCACCAACAACGGCAACCCGGACCGAAGCUCCUCCGCUGGGAACUGCCACCCCUCCUCCUACGCGGUUGCUCGGUCCUCCUCUGGCACUUCUCUAAAGAGGCCCGAGGAGGAAAUGCACCACCCCGUGGCACCCUCAGCCACGCCGGGAAGCAACCUGAAGAAGGCCCUGCCUCAGCCGGAGAAGACUCAGGACUCUACUCCCAUGGCUUGCAACGACAGUGACAAGGAAAGCCCGUCACCCAGCAGCAAGGGCAAGGAGAAGAAGAGCACCGGGCCCAGCGCCAGGAAGGGGAAAGGACAGAUCGAGAAGAGGAAGCUAAGGGAAAAAAGGAGAUCCACAGGUGUCGUGAACAUACCAUCCAAUGAGAGCCUGGAUGAGCUGGAUGAUGAUGAUGGCGGAGAGAAGGACAGGAGGGAGGAGGAGGAGCUGGUUCAGGCCAACACGUUUCAGAAUGAGUCCAUGACAGCUGACCCUGCCGCCGGCUACUUACUGGAGACUCCGAGAUCUGGAAGCGGCCGCUACAAGAGCUUUCCACAAAUGGGGUUGGAGGAGGACAUAGGCGGGAACAGCCGACAGCGACACAACCGCCACGGCCGAGAUGGAGGAGCUUCAGCACCUGGAAGUCUGGAGAAAAGGAUAGAAGAGCUGGAGAGGGAGCUGGCCAGAGAGCGUCAGGAGAACGCCAGGUUGCUGAAAGCCUACCAGGACAAAGAUGAUCUCAUUGGGAAGCUGAAGGAGGAAAUCGACUUGCUGAACCAAGACCUGGAUGACAUCGAAGAUGAGAACGAGCAACUCAAACAAGAGAACAAGACUCUGCUGAAAGUGGUGGGCCAGCUGACGAGGUAGAACCAGAUCCGGCACAACAACCCAGCAACUCUGUCGUCUCCCCUCUGCAAACCAGCCUCCUGCUCUGGGUCAAGUCCAGCAGGGUCACCUUUUAUCUGUUUGAAUCUGUGUUUUUUGUCUGUUAGAGUGAGACUGUAAAUCAGCUGUCAUCUGAGGCGCACAGCCUUAAAAUGCAUCCCUCCUAUCUGAGGAGGAUUAUUCCAAUUGUUGUGAAAGCUGACCUGAGUGGUGGGGAUUUUCAGUUAUCCUAUACAUAUUAUAUGUAAAUGUAUUGUAUAUAGGCCAUUUAGAUUGUUAAUUUUUUUUGAUUUCUGAUAAGGUCUUAAAAAAAAAAGAUGCUAAAAUACAUUGAAUGUAUGUGCUGCAAAAACAAGCGCACACAAAGUCUUUUCAAACUUUGGAUGCUAAAAUCUCAGUUCAGACAUCUCCACAAACUACACCCAACACUCAUCCAGGUAAACUGAAAAAGAUUUCCAUUGUUGCAAUGUUUGAAUUGUGUCUGAAGCCAGUGCAGUGCUGCUGUUUAGGACCAAAUCCAAUAUAAUUAUUGCUAUAGUAUCAGCAGCCAAAGUGGGCAUAGUGCCUUGCAAUGCAUGUGAGAUUUUUUUUUUUUUUUUUUAAGUAUAAUUUUUUUUUUUAAUGGUUAAAGCCUGGUGCUUUAUUAAUGGACGCUGGUGCCAGAUUUACUUUCUUCCAAUAACUUUUUGGUACAUCUUAAUCCCACAAGGGCUAAUCUGAAAAAAUCUGCAUUUUAAGUAUAUCCCAUUUAAA